AUGUCAACCCCGGAGGAUACCAGCAGAGCCGAAAGCAGUACAUCCACUCCAGGACCAAGCUCUGAACCUACUAUCAUCACCAUACGCGGGUCCACACAGCGACCAGAUAAUACACCUCGCGCAGAUACUGCAAGGCAAACAGAAAUCUAUACCGAUAACCCGGGUCACGCGAGUCGUCUUACAGAGGCGGAACGCCAGAGAUUAGAAGCAAUGGCGGCAGAGUCGAGAGGCGGAGCUAUCUUCGUUACGUAUGAUCUGGUCCAUAGAAUCGAUACGCUCAUGGCGGAUGGGACCCGUCGCACGGAUGAGGCUUUGAUGCAGUACUUGUUUCAAGAUGAUAUCUGGGAGGCGGUUGAUACUAGUGAUAUGAAUAUUACGGAGACACGGGGGGCCGGUGGGAGUGGCGAUGGUAAUGGAAGGCAAGGUGGAGAGAGCGAAUUGCAAUUGACGAAUGGAACAGAGGAGGGCCAUGACGAGGAAUUGAAGCGACAGUGA